AUGGCCGCCGAUUCGGCGCUCCCGGGAAUCCCGGGAUACGAUCCUGACAACCUCCAGCCAUGGACCGUCGCCGUCGUGGCUUCGGUGACCGUCCUAGCCGUGGUGGCAGUCGCCCUCCGCCUGCUCAGUCGAUACAUCAAGGCCCAGAAGCUGUGGUGGGAUGAUUACAUGAUCAUGUUUUCCAUGUCAUGGAACUUUGUCGUCGUCGGCUUCAUCUUCGCCAUGUACAGCGCCGGAAUGGGCAUCCACGCAGACAAGGUGUCCUUGGACAAGAUCGUCCUGAUGGCCAAGUUCCUCGUCGUGGCCGAGAUCCUCUACAUCUACAACCUCGUCUGGACGAAGCUCGCCAUCCUGCUCAUGUACUACCGCAUCUUCCACUUCCCCUACUUCAAGAAGAUGGCCUACAUCGUCGGCGGCUUCGUCGUCGCCUGGUGCGUCUGCUGCAUGUUCCUCUUCAUCUUCAUAUGCGUGCCCGUGGAGAAGCUCUGGUACCCGGAACUGCCGGGCCACUGCAUCAAUCAGGUCGGCACCUGGAUCGCCAAUGCCGCCUCCACCAUUCUCACCGACGUCAUCAUCCUGGCCUUGCCCAUUCCUCAGGUGUGGAAGCUGCAGCUACGGAGGCCGGAGAAGGUGGGCGUCACCAUGGCCUUCUGCCUCGGCUUCUUUGUCGUCUUCGCCUCUGCCUACCGCUUCACCGUCCUCUUCACCUACACCAACACCGACCCAACCUACAGUCUCGCGCCCACGGUCGGCUGGACGGCCAUCGAGAUGUCGGCCGGCAUCGUCUCGGCCUGCCUUCCCACCAUCGGCCCCGUCGUCGGUCUCUGCGCCCGCAAGCUGGGCAUCAAGCGCACCCCCCUCUCCUCCCUCUCCCGCAGCCACGGCGCCAGCGCCGGCCUCAGCGGCAACCGCAAGACCCCUUCCUCCUCCCUUGCCGCGGCGCGAUCGACGAACACGACGACGAACAACCCGGCCGACGUCCUCUCCGAGAUGGAGCUGCAGCGGACCGGCACCACCCGCAAGGACGGCGCGGGCGCCUUCUACCGCCUGCCGGACCCCCAGAACUCCGGGGAGGAGGAGGACGAGGAGGAGCUGGAUAAGCUGAAGAAGGGCCGGGCCGCCGCCGCCGCCGCUGCUGCUGCUGCUCCUGCUGCCGCCGACGCCGGCCUGCGGCCCGAUCACGGGCACUAUGCCUACCAGUAUGCCGUCACGACCCGGCCGGCCGGCGAGGGCAAGACCAAGAGUAAGGGCAGCAAGGCCAAGGCCGCCGAACCGGACAACUCGAGCGGCGAUGAGGUCCCCCUGCACGGCAUCCGGGUCCAGACGGACUUUAGACGGUCUGAAUGA